UAAAUAAUUUGUAUCAAAAAUAGGGAAAUAUUAAAUAUAUCGAAAUAAGAUUUUAUGAAUUAGGAAAUGCAUGCAGAAGUACAAGCAACAAGCUGUUAUUUAAAUAAUAAAAAGCUGUAUUUUGCAGAAUGCAGAAGGUACUAGCAAGAUGCUUAUCGCAAAAUGCUUUAAAUGCUUUGCUCGUUUUAAUAGGCGUGUUGAUCCGCAAUUUUGUGGGGAGGGGAGGGUCUCGAGUAUCUGCGCGAAUCGAUGUAUUAAAUUAUCAAUAUUUCACGCGUAAACAGAGAGCAUCGAGGGGGACGUUCCCUUGUAGCCAAGUUAACACCUGUGAGACCGACAAAAUAAGAAGCAACGUAGUACACCCAGGAUAGAUCGGCGAUGUAUCAUGUCUACCUAGUUUACCAGGUCAGUUAUCACCCGUCGUAGAACGUCAUUGUAUAAUUAGCGUGCUCUGGUUUGACGUCAUUGUUUCAUAUAAAUACCGAAUGCCCGAUCCUGGUCACCAUAAACUCGUGAGAGAGCUGACUAGGACGUUCUAUUGUACUCCUAACAAACUUUGCAUUGAACGCUGCUUCAUCUUCUGAGUAACAUAUUAAUAUUGAGCGAAAGCGAUCGUUAUUUUCUUGCAAAGUAUCAACAUAAUCCGACUUUCAAAUACACAAUGAUGUCUGUCACAUUGAUCGUCUUUGCGCUGCUGUUCGUCGCCUACUCUUACGCAUCGCCUCUUAGAAUGGCGAGCAUGUAUGGUUCUCCCUUACUUGUAAUUAUUCAAGAACUCGACGAUCCUGAAGCUUCAAUGAACGAGGAACCGGUGUACGCGUUAAACGGCGAUUCUAAAUUUGCGGACAGUAUCGCGAAUCUCGACAUCGAAAAACGCAGCGCAGAGGAAGCAGAUGAUGAUGAUCUCGAGACAGCAGCUGGUACCAACGUUCUUCGUCCCCUCUUCGUCUAUCGCCAGCAGGUCGCGUAUCGACAACGUGCCAGAGACGCGAUUCGACGAGGUAGGCGGAUAUAAGCGGAGAAAGGAAAAAUCGAUUUGGAGAUUUCAACAAUUGCAACCGAUUGUUAUCUCAUUUUGGUAUUGUCAGGAAGAUAAUACAUUCGAGAUACUUGGAGACCUCCAUAUAAAGCCUCAAUGGUCCUAAAGAUCUUUAAAAUCCUAGAGAAGGAUUGAAAAAGAAUCGGGCCUAUGUGAUAAGAAAAAAAAACUUUUUAUGGAAUUCAGACAGAGAAGAUUAAAGAAGGAUGAACGAAUUAAAGGAAGACGAGAAUGGCUUUAAAGAUGAUUCGAUUAAACAAAGUACAAACAUCCGUUUUGAAAAGUGGCAAGCUGAUAAUGAUAACGUGGUUCUUUUUUUGCGGCAAAACUCAUAUUCAAAACUUCGUCUGGAGGCAGUAUGAAAUAAAUCUUGCUGCUCACGGAUAUUUAAAGGAGCGUCCGGGAGCGCAGAAGUGUGAGAAACCUGUAAACAGCGAAGCGGAAGACUCGCGCCAGUGUGAAAAUUUCGGGCGUAAAUAAAACUGUUCUCUUGUCGACGCAGCUUGUCGCGUGAGAUAAAAAAAAAUGUAAGGUAUAGAGAAAACGGGGAGAUCCGGUAAAACGACGAAAAAAGAAACUUCGAAAAACGAGCGAACUUCAAAACUGCAGCAAAAGGGAUAUUGAACUUGUAUAGUAUAAUUAUGCUAAAAGGUUGCGGACCUCGUUAUUUCGACGAAGAUUAACGGUGCUGGUUAACGAACACAGACUAAUCUCGCUGAUUCAGGAAGGUCUUUUUGUUAACAAGCGCGAGAUAACGAGAGCGAUUGAAAAAACUCAGAGAAGCAUUUAGUUAUUUUACGAUCACGUAUGAUCUCUUACAAAAUCCUGUAGGCUUAAGUCAGAUUAGAAUUAAAUUUGCGAGAGAGGGAGCUGAAUAAAGUAACAAAUAGAGUAACAGAAGAAAAUUAUGUUAUAGGAAAAGCGCGCAGUGUAUUUCUUUGUCAUGUAAUUAAAUAGCUAUAGCUACCGUUUUCUUUUAAUUGUAAAUUAAUAGUUAAAAGUAGCAUUAAUCGAAAGCUGUCUACCAAAGUUGCGUUACGCAAGCAAGCAAAUUAAUGGGUAUUGUGGAUACUCGAAUUAUAUCAGAGCGUUACAUUGUGAUACGAUUUCUUUGAGGAAAUAUUGCGUGUGUAAUAAAUACAUAUGACAUUUUAUAAAUAAAUUUAAAAUAUUGAUUAUUUUAAUUAA